AUGUAUAUAAAGCUUAUGAUAGAAUUAGGGAGAAUGAAUGCAAAUUUAAUUUUAAAAUUGGGACGUCAAUCUUAUGCAGUGUUAUUGAAAAACUCCGGAGAGAGGACACUCAUCAGAGUAAUUUCCACUGAAAGAACUAAUUUAAAACCAAAUAAGUUCAGGUCAAUUUUCAUUAAAUUAGAGAAAGAACAACCACGAAAUUAA